UUGGUUACAGUUGCUGUGUGACGCGUCCAGCGUCCAGGAAGUGGAAAGUACGGAGUAACGGGAAGCUCGUGAGAUACAGGGAUACAGGAAAGCCUGUAAACACGGAGAAAUGGAGGAUACGCUGCAGCUGGGGGAGAACGGGGUCCCCAAGACUGCUGCUAAAACAGGCAGAAGAGCUCGCCAGGCUGCUGCUGAUAUGACGGGCAUGGAAGAGUCUCGGCCGGGGCGCAAAGCUUCCUCUUCAGGGACCUCUGCUACGGGAGAGGAGGAGGAUGAUACGGGACCCCCACCUAAGCCACCGCGCCGACAGGGAGGCUGGGCUGAGGAGACCACUGGUACGGGAUCUGCCAAAUCUGGAAGAAGGCAAGGUGCGGAAGAGGUUGAGGACCGGCGGCUGAGACCACAGACCCCCGAGGGCUCUGAUGAUGAGAGUGACAUCCCAGUGAUCCCCGAUCUGGACGAAGUUCAAGAAGAAGAUCUCACCAUGCAAGUGGCUGCACCGCCAAGUAUCCAGGUGAACAGAGUGAUGACCUACAGGGAUCUGGACAAUGAUUUAAUGAAGUACUCUGCAUUUCAGACCUUGGAUGGUGAGAUUGACCUGAAGCUCCUCACCAAGGUUUUAGCACCGGAGCAGGAGGUGAGAGAGGAGGAUGUUGGCUGGGACUGGGAUCAUCUAUUUACGGAGGUGUCGUCCGAGCUGCAGACGGAAUGGGAUCAAGGAGAGAGAGAGGACCAGUCUCCUCUUCCUGUGGCCUGAGAAUGAAUGACUUUCAGUGAAAGGCCAGUGCCGAUCAUUACACUCUAGAGGGCCUCUUCUUGUACACAGCUGGUCGCACACGCCUGAGUUACAUCUGUAUAUUUGUAUCAUAAUCAUAAUAUUGUUCAUAUUGAAUAGUUUACUUGAUGAACUGUCUGUCUAGUUGUGCUAUGUGUCUUCUUAUGUUUUGAUACUUGGAUAUAAACAUCUCAUUAAAAGUAAAGAACAUUGACAGAA